AUGACGGGCAAAGCGGGCGCGGCGCUGGCCCCCAGCCUGCCCGGCAAGCCCAAGUCCGACGGCGCGGCCGCCUCCAACUCUGGGCCCACCCCUCCCCGCUGCACCGGCUUCGGCAUCCAGGAGAUCCUGGGCUUGAACAAGGAGCCGCCGUCGCACCCUCGGGCCGCCCUGGACUCUCUGCCCGCCGGGCACCUGCUGGCGGCCCGCUCCGUACUCAGUCCCGCCGGGGUGGGCGGCGUGGGCAUGGGGCUGCUGGGGGCCAGCGGCAUCCCCGGCUUUUACACCCAGCCCACCUUCCUAGAGGUUCUCUCCGACCCCCAGAGCGUCCACCUGCAGCCCCUGGCCCGGGCCCCCGGGCAGCUGGACAGCAGCCAGACGGCCAGCUCAGAUUCCGAGGAUGUCUCCUCCAGCGACCGAAAAAUGUCCAAAUCCUCCCUAAAUCAGAGCAAGAAACGAAAGAAGAGGCGGCACAGGACAAUCUUCACAUCCUAUCAACUGGAGGAGCUGGAAAAGGCCUUCAAUGAGGCUCACUAUCCUGACGUAUAUGCUAGAGAGAUGUUGGCCAUGAAAACAGAGUUGCCAGAAGACAGGAUACAGGUUUGGUUCCAGAACCGCCGGGCCAAAUGGCGGAAGAGGGAGAAGUGCUGGGGCAGGAGCAGUGUGAUGGCUGAGUACGGGCUCUACGGUGCCAUGGUGCGUCACUCCAUCCCGCUGCCUGAAUCCAUCCUCAAGUCUGCCAAGGAUGGCAUCAUGGAGUCCUGUGCCCCUUGGCUCCUAGGGAUGCACAAAAAGUCUCUGGAGGCAGCGGCUGAGGCGGGGAGGAAGACAGAGGUGGAGCGCCAGGCCCUGCCCAAGCUUGACAAAGGUGACAAAGAAGAAAGGGGUCCUGAUCCCAAAACCACCAUUUCCCAGGAGGAACUGAGAGAAAACAGCAUUGCUGCCCUCAGGGCCAAAGCUCAGGAGCACAGCACCAAAGUCCUGGGGACCAUUGCCGGGGACACCCCAGCUCCAGGCAGGAAGCCGGAGACAGGGGAGGAGGCGGCAGUGGCAGAGGAUGAGAGACAGACGGAGAAGUUGAACUCAUCGCAGAAGGAGGAGAAGUUGAUUUAGGGGGAACAGAGGUGACAGAAGCCAGCCCCAACAGACACUGUGUCCUC